AUGCCGGCGCCAUCCUGGAGCGACGGUUCAUCCUGCCCAGUGCCACAUGCCAAGUCGCAUCCUCUUCCUCCUGGUCACCCGCCUGUUCCGGAUGCACCAGCUUCAACCUUGUUCCCCCCUACCGACUCUCGCUGCAUCUUCUAUCGAUCUCCAGAAGAUCUCGCGCAGACGCCUCCGCUUUCGCGCUCGACAUCCUCCUCCAUGCUUUCCUCCACGACAACGCUCCCAUCUCUUCACGAGCUGGCAGUCACUCAUAGCGCUUCCGCUCAUGAAUUCAACAAGGCUCAGAUCCUCGACCAGCAGCGCAAAGAGGCCAACAUCAACCCAUUGCCGUCCGACCGAGCAGGCCAGCUUGGCCUCGAUCCUAGUUGCACGCUAGUCCUCGCCAGCCGUAACAGUCAGCUUGCGCUUGUGCAGAGCUCCCACGUAAGCGCAAUGCUCGAAGCAAGAUUCGGAAGAUCAUCUCCGCUGUUCCGCUCUCAGUUGGAGCGAAUGGCAAGUGCACUCGAACCCAACACCGACACCGGCAGCGAUGGCUCUGCUUCUUCAUCACAGCCUUCAACGUCGGCCGCUCGUUUGCAAGAGGUCGGCGACGAGCACUCAAAUGACGAUGUUGCGUUUCUUCGCAACCUGCUGCAGGGAUUCCAGACGACGUCCGACGCGCCCCUACGUCCGCACGCUUUCCCCAUCACAUCGAUGUCGACUGCCGGUGACCAGAAUCUGCGAUCGCCGCUGUAUGUUAUCGGAGGAGAGGGAAAGGCUAUCUGGACCAAGGAGCUCGAAGUUGCACUGGAACAAGGCGGUGUCGACGCCAUUGUGCACUGUCUCAAGGAUGUGCCAACGGCGUUGCCCAACGGGCUCGAGCUCGCUGCCGUGCUGGAGCGCGAAGAUCCUCGCGACGCUCUCGUGGUCAAGGCUGGUCUGCCAUACAAGGUUCUCGAUGAGCUGCCAGUCGGAUCGGUCAUUGGCACCUCUUCAGUGCGUCGAGUGGCGCAAUUGCGCCGUAGAUAUCCUCAUCUGGUGUUCAGCGACGUUCGCGGAAACAUUAACACUCGCCUCGCCAAGCUCGAUGCACCCAACGGUCCGUACACAGCCCUAAUCCUCGCUGCCGCCGGUCUGAUUCGACUCAACAUGCACGCACGCAUCACUGCGUUCCUCAGCUCGCCCGUGCUGCUACAUUCGGUCGGUCAAGGCUCAUUGGCGAUCGAAGUGCGCACCCCACCCGAAGGUGCAGAUCCAACUACCAACAGGGACGCACGUAUUCGAGAGCUCAUUCGUUCGAUCGGCGACUGGCGCGCUACUUUCCGAGCCGAAGCAGAGCGUGCUUUGCUCCGAGAGCUCGAAGGUGGCUGCUCGAUUCCUGUUGGUGUAGAGACGCGCUUUGAUGACCACGACCAGAUCGAGGGUCAACGCAGUGAGGCCAUUGCACUUGUGGACGACUUUGUGACACAGGGCGAUGCCGAUGCCAAGGCGGAACUGCCAAACGGAGGCGUGCCGCUGAUCAGAGAUGGACACACCAUCCCCGCCAGCCAGCUCUCUGGCGGUGGCGAGACCCUUUCGUCGCCACCACAGCGACCGCCGCUCGAAUCGCUGGCUACGGGCGUCCAGGAGAUGGAAGCCGCCAAAGCGCGAUCCAAAGUAUCCGAGCCAUCGACGAAUGCACAGACCAUUGCCGAAAAGAUUGUGUCGACCUCGUACAGCAUCGUGGACCGCUCUACACCUGCAACGGAAGGACGUACGCUGCACCUCGACGCCAUUGUCGUGUCGCUCGACGGCAGCCAGGAGUCGCGCUACUCUGCUUCGAAGCAUUGCAAGACGGUCGAAGAUGCACGCGAGCUCGGCAUUCACGUUGCACACGAGCUUGCGCACAAGAAGGGAGCACGCGCCAUCCUCGAGGAAGUGGAACGACACCGCAAGAUGGCCGAAGAAGCUGAUCGUCGGCGGCGCGAAGAGGCGAGGAAGCGCAAGUCGAUGGGAUUGCCUGGUGGCGAGAUCAAUUCGAUCGCCGUCACCAACGGCGUGGCGUCGGCUGCCGAGCAAGGCGACCUCAAUGCACUCAAGAAGUCAAGAGAUGGCUGGAUGCGCGGGCAAGCAGAGAUCAGCCUCGGCGCGGAGCUGGAAAAGUUCAGAGAUGCUCAUGCCACGGGCACGGGCGGACAAGCCGAUGCGGCUUGCGAUCCGUUGGAAAUGGACCGUAGAGGUGUCGCGCGUGACGAUGGACAGCCAAAAGCUUGGGAGGUAUGA